AGCGAAAUGAGACUGGAAGCUGUGACGAUCUUUCUGGUUUUCUUGUGCCUUACCUGGUUGCAUUUGUGCUCCGGCGGGGGUCACCUAAAACGCUUGAGCAGAUCGCUGAUCUUUCCACCGACAAGUCCAACGCGUGUGCAGUUCAUCGGUGGCAUUGGUAUACCCGUGGAGAACCUUCACUAUGAAUCAGUAACCGAAGGUUAUGUGCUCAAGGCGGAGUACUAUCUGCCGACCAACUCUACAGAGAUUACUCGGGUCUACCUUAAGCCGCAGGCUAUUACUGGAAGGGAGAAGGAGUCGCCGUAUGGGGCAGUAUACCGCUGGAUUAUAUACCGAGGCAUUGAGAUGGUCAUUGAGAACAUUGGUUUGCCAGGAAGAAGUUGUCUUCUGCGACUAAUUUGUGAGCACGCUGCACUGCCGCUGAACCAUGAAAGUGGAUUGUUGGGUGAACUCAUGGAUAUAGUUCUCACGCCCUCGAGUUCUGUGGACGAAUUGGGACAAAGUUCGGAUCGGGAGUACCACACAUCGGAGCACUAUGGCAAAAAAGGAGGAGACUGCGAGGCGGCCUAUGCAAGUAGAUGCAAGAAGUCGCCAAUGGAACUAAUCAGUCUACUGCUAGAAGUCAAUGAAUAAAUCGU